AUGGCCAAGACCCUCAUGAAGCUUACCACCAUUAUUCUGACCACCCUUAUUGUCCUUCUAUCUCUUCACCCCCAAAUGGCCCUUUCAACAGGUACAGAAGAUACGGAUGAAGAAGAAGAAGAGUACGUUGUUGACCCACCAUUGUUUUCCCACUUGAGAACACGAAGCAGGUUCUUGGCCAGCAAGAUAAUUAUAAAGAAAGGCAGACGCUGUGAUAAUUCCAGUGUCGCUCACAAUAUCUGCAAUGGGAUACCAUCAAGCAAAGGGACAGGCUUGCUUUUCUGCUGUAAGAAGCAUUGUCGCAAUGUUCUUAGCGACAAGAACAACUGUGGACAAUGUGGUCAUAAGUGUAAGCAAGGAGAGCGAUGCUGCAAUGGAAUUUGCACCAAUGUGCUCUUCAAUGGUGGAAGCCAUUGUGGCAAGUGUAACAAGAAGUGUUCUGCUGGAGUUUCUUGUGACAAUGGUUUUUGUGGGUAUGCUUGAAAUUUAACAAAAUUAUAAAUUUAUUUAUUGGAAGGUUAAUGUUUCUAAACUUCCAAGCUUCAACACAAUCAGUUUUGAGAUGUAGAGGGUUAUGUCUCAAUGUGUUUUAAGAUUUUGUUGGAUAAUACUUUUUUCCGCAGUUUUCCAAAAAUUACAUGAUGAAGAGGUAUGAGGAAGAAGAAAUGGGUUGGAUUCAAUAAUUGA